CAGCACAUUUCCUUCAGCUCAAGAAGGCCUUGUCUUGUCUGCUUGCCCCUUGAGUUCUCUAGCACCUUACCUGCUACUGAUCUGCAGCUGAUCGAUCGCCAAAGCUUGCAAUCAAGCCUGCUAUAUUACCCUAGCUAGUGACUAUACCACCAUCAUCGCCAUGGGCUGCUACGGUGAUUUCUUCGAGAAGGCCAAGCCUUACAUCGCCAUGACCUCCCUGCAGUUUGGCUACGCCGGCAUGAACGUUAUCACCAAGGUGUCCCUCAACCACGGCAUGAGCCACUACGUGCUCGUCGUCUACCGCCACGCCUUCGCCACCAUCUCUAUUGCACCAUUUGCUCUCAUCCUUGAGAGGAAGGUGAGGCCCAAGAUGACGUGGUCGGUCUUCCUCCAGAUCUUCGUACUCGCACUGCUCGGGCCUGUGAUAGACCAGAACUUCUACUACGCCGGUCUCAAGUUCACCGGGCCGACUUUCGCGUGCGCCAUGAGCAACAUCCUUCCAGCCAUGACCUUCGUGAUGGCCGUGAUUUUUAGGAUGGAGAAGGUGGACCUGAAGAAGGUGAGGUGCCAGGCGAAGGUGGCCGGGACGCUGGUGACCGUGGCCGGCGCGAUGAUGAUGACGCUGUACAAGGGCCCGCUGAUGAAGAUGGCGUGGACCAGCGGCCACGGCCACGCGCAAGGCCACGGCGCCGAGGCGCCCGCUGCCGUCGCCGCCGCCAUCGACCCCAGCGGCCGGGAGUGGUUCCUGGGCUCGCUCUUCGUCAUCAUCGCCACCCUCGCCUGGGCCUCCCUCUUCAUCCUCCAGGCGCACACCCUGAAGCAGUACGCGGCGCCGCUCUCCCUCACCACCCUCAUCUGCUUCGUCGGCACCCUGCAGGCCAUCGUCGUCACCUUCGCCAUGGAGCACCGCCCCUCCGUCUGGACCAUCGGCUUCGACAUGAACCUCCUCGCCGCCGCGUACGCCGGCAUUGUGACGUCGAGCAUAGCGUACUACGUGCAAGGCCUGGUGAUCCAGAAGACGGGGCCGGUGUUCGCGUCGGCGUUCAGCCCGCUGAUGAUGAUCAUCGUGGCAGUCAUGGGCUCCUUCAUCCUCGCCGAGAAGAUAUUCCUCGGCGGCGUCCUCGGCGCCGUCCUGAUCGUCAUCGGGCUCUACUCGGUGCUCUGGGGCAAGCACAAGGAGACACAGGAGAAGGAAGAGGAAGAGGCCAUGGAGCUGCCCGUGGCGUCCAAAGCCAACGGAUCGGGAAUAAUCUACGACGACGCCGUCUUCAUCAAGGAGAUCGCCGCCGUCCCCGCCGCUGGUGUUGGAGAUGAGUGCAGGAAGGCCAAUGGGGUGGUGUACAAGUCAUCCUCCUCCCAUGGACACGGAGCUGCUGGUGCAGUUUGAUGCAGCAUGCAUGGCUAGCUAGUGCUAAGCUGAGCGCAUAGCUACUACUACCUGGAUGGAACAUGGAAGAGGCGGUGUCCAUAUGCUGACUGUCUUUGUCAUGUGUGUCCCAUUGAAACCGUUUUGUGUCUACUGACGUUGCAUCCAUUAGGUAUAGGGUCGGAUGAUUGAGAGAGAGAGAGGCUGCAGCUGCGUUGCAGGAGUGGAAGGACUGGAAUAAUUUUGUUCUGUGCCCCUUUUUUUUUUUUUGCUACCUUUUUGUAAUACGAUGUAUCUACUAGUAUUAUAUUUAACUCGUAUUUUAUAAAUA